GAGGUCGCAUUCAUUCAAGUAGCUACGCAUGUGGAUUUUAGUUGGCUGUUUACACUAGAAACCAUAGCCUUUAAAACGGCAGUAUGAGAUGAAGACAAAUAAGGCAAGUCGGUAAGAUGUUAGCUUAUUAUUUAUUUAUAUAUGACCGAAUUUAUUAUUAGAAAAUAGCAUCAAUUGGUAUUUAUUUUAUAAUAUUUCCAUUUUGGGCAUCAGGUCUUCAGCUACUCUCAGAUGUAUAUCAUACUAUCAGUGUAGUCUCUGGAUUGUCAUCAAAUGAGUUGGUCACACGGAUCAGAUGAGUUUGCACUUUGCCUGAAGGUGUGUGCUUAUAAAAGGUUUUAAAACUACUAUAGAGUGUGGUUCCACUGGGGCUGUGCAGACAUCAGCAUCAUGCCCCUGUCAGACUUUCUGGACGGCCUGAAGGACAACCCUUACUUCGGGGCUGGGUUCGGACUGGUGGGGAUUGGGACAGCCAUGGCAGUGGCCAGGAAAAGCGCCCAGGUUGGGAUGAUCUUCUUCCGCAGGAACUACAUGAUCACUCUGGAGGUCCCCAGCAAGGAUAAGAGCUACCACUGGCUGCUGAGCUGGAUCACCAAACACGCCAAGCACACCCAACACCUGAGCGUGGAGACCUCCUACCUGGCCCAUGAGAGCGGACGGGUUCACACGCAGUUUGACUUCCACCCGAGCCCCGGGAACCACAUCAUCUGGUACGGCAGGAAGUGGAUCAGGGUGGAGAGGACCAGGGAGAAGCAGAUGGUGGAUCUGCACACCGGCACCCCGUGGGAGUCUGUAACCUUCACUGCUUUAGGCAGGGACAGACAAAUCUUCUUUAACAUCCUACAAGAAGCGAGGGAAUUGGCCAUGAAGCAGGAAGAGGGACGGACAGUGAUGUACACAGCCAUGGGCGCCGAGUGGAGGCCAUUUGGGUUUCCGCGGCGACGCCGACCCCUCAGCUCUGUGGUGCUGCAGGAGGCCGUGGCCGAACGGAUCGUAGACGAUGUGAAGGAGUUCAUCGGAAACCCCAAGUGGUACACAGACAGAGGCAUCCCCUACAGAAGAGGAUAUCUGCUGUACGGCCCCCCAGGGUGUGGGAAAAGCAGCUUUAUCACGGCGCUGGCUGGAGAGCUGGGCUACAGCAUCUGUCUGAUGAGUCUGAGCGACCGCAGCCUGUCAGACGACCGGCUGAACCACCUGCUGAGCGUGGCCCCCCAGCAGAGCAUCAUCCUGCUGGAGGACGUCGACGCAGCCUUCGUCAGCCGAGACCUGCUGCCCACUGAGAACCCUCUGGCCUACCAGGGGAUGGGCAGACUGACCUUCAGCGGCCUGCUCAACUCUCUGGACGGAGUGGCUUCCUCUGAGGCCAGAAUCGUUUUUAUGACCACCAACUUCAUUGACAGGUUGGACCCGGCGCUGAUCCGGCCCGGCCGUGUGGAUCUGAAGCAGUACAUCGGGAACUGCACCCACGGGCAGCUCACUCAGAUGUUCUGGAGGUUCUACCCGGAGGAGCCUGCCUCUGAAGCGGACCGCUUUGCAGAGCAGGCGCUGGCCGUGCACUCUGAGAUCAGCGCCGCUCAGGUGCAGGGACACUUCCUGCUGCACAAAAUGGACCCUGCAGGAUCUAUAGACAAUGUUGCCCAGCUGAAAUAAUGACAGAGGACUGCAGUGUUUGGAGAGUGAUUACUGAAUAAAGAGAAAUGUGAAAAACA